GGCAGGCCCAAACCCCCCCGGCACCCGGGGUAAAGUCGGCGCCCCCCCCCGAGGUGGGGCGUGUAGUGAGCGGUGGAGGCGGCCCGUCCCAGAGGUGCAGCUGGGUGGGACCCACUGCACGUGGUUUCAGUGGGGACGGAGGGCUGCUCUCCGCCGCAGGCAUAAGCUCACCGCAGUUGUGGAGGAGGAGCGCUUAGCACCAAGCACCUGGCAGGGACUGGGGCGUGUGGGGAUCUUUGCUGUCAGAUGGGUGUAAACUUGAGGGUCCGGUUUUGUAGCAUGCUCCAUCUGCAGACUGUUGCCGGAUGAAGCUGUUCCCCUCUCUCGCCCUCUCUAUCUUCUGCCGCUUUGUUUUGCACAGUGAUGCGUGUGUGCUGGCUUGUGGGGAAAGAGAAAUGCAAUCAGCGAAUGAAACUGCCACACUUGGAAGCAGUGGUAAUUGGACGUGGCCCAGAGACUGGGAUAACGGAUAAGAAGUGUUCACGGCAGCAAGUUCAGUUAAAAGCAGACUGUAACAAGGGGUAUGUCACAGUUAAGCAGAUAGGAGUCAACCCAACUAGUGUUGAUCUCGUGAAUAUUGGCAAAGGUGAAGAGGUAAAAAUGAAGCCAGGCCAAGUUCUGCAUAUUGUGAAUAAACUUUACCCCUACACGGUGCAAUUUGCGGAAGAGUCAGGGAAAACUGUUACAGAAGCAGAAGCAAAUGUACAAAGCAACAAGAUGCCAUGUGAGGACUCCAGCGAGAAUGAUGAUGUAGAAUUUAUUCCCAGAAAAACAAUGAAGAUGGAGGUGGUAGAUACACAAGGCAGUUCUGCAAAUCCCAAGCUAAGCAAUACCAGUGUAUCUCCCCAUGAAGGAACUUCAAGCAAAAAGGACCAUUUAGGACAUUGGAGUCAGGGUCUAAAGAGCUCCAUGCAAGACCCAAAAAUGCAGGUUUACAAAGAUGAGAAGACCGUAGUGAUCAAGGAUAAAUAUCCUAAAGCUCGUUACCACUGGCUUAUCUUACCAUGGGACCCCAUUUCAAGCCUGAAGUCAGUCACCAGGGACCAUCUUGAACUCCUGGAACAUAUGCACUCAGUUGGGCAAAAAAUGAUCGAACAGUGCCCUGCCAGAGAGAGCCUGGAGUUCAGACUGGGGUACCACGCUAUCCCCAGUAUGAGUCAGCUACAUUUACAUGUAAUCAGCCAGGAUUUUGAUUCGCCAGCCCUGAAGACCAAAAAGCACUGGAACUCUUUCACUACAGACUACUUCUUGAACUCUGAAGAUGUGAUAGAGAUGAUCAGAAGCAAGGGAAAAGUGACAGUGAAAGAUCAUGUCUCCGAACUUCUCACAUCCCCCCUCAGGUGCCAUCGCUGCAAACAACAGCUGUCCACUAUCCCACAGUUAAAGGAACACCUCAAGAAACAUUGGCCAAAAUGAUGGCAAAAAAUCAUCUCACAACCUGUCUUCAGAUUUCAGGCUAAAACGAAGACUGUGAAAUGUUAGUGGACAUGUAUGUUUUUUGUUAAUUGGAAUGACAAAUAUGAGGCAGGAAAAAGUAGCCUGGAAGCAGCAGCAUACUAACUUUGUAAUAGGUUAGACCAAAAAAAAAAAAAACCC